CACGCAGUCCUGAACGUCUGAAAAAGCGAUCUGCAUACACUCCCGAAGCCUCGGUAGCACUUUGAAGACAUCAUAAAUUAAAAUCACAUCAAUCAAUCUGGUGUUAAGACUUUGCUUUUUCAGAUACAUCUGCAAAAGAUGUUUAAAAACAUGUUUGGUCCAGACGCGAAUGUUUAGAUAUUCAUAUUCGUUGCAGGAUACAGCCGUUCGAGGUUGACCAGACUGGUUCCUGGAUAUGGAGAGCCUUGUUUUGAGGAGGACUACGUCAAAGAGGUGGUGGCACACGUCGGGCAGACUGUCCUUCUACCAUGUGCAGUUAAGAAUUUGGGGACCAAAGUGGUAUCUUGGAUGCGUUCUAAGGAUGUCCACGUCUUGACUGUAGGCAGCUUCACGUUUACAGGAGAUACACGUUUCGAGGCCGUCCAUACGGACAGCUCGGAAGAAUUUUGGGGGCUUCGUAUAAGAGGUGUGAAGCUAGAAGAUGCUGGGAGAUACGAGUGCCAGGUUAACACCGAGCCUAAGAAGAGUUUGGGUAUCGUACUCAAAGUUGGUGUUCCAGGUGAGGUGGACAGUGACAUGACAUCCAACUACGUGGGUGAGGCCACAAUACACAGCCCAGCUACCAUCUACGCCCAGUUAGGUUCUCCCAUCACCAUCAGGUGUUCAGUCAUUCCAAUUUCUACCUCAAGGACGCUGUUUUUCGUCUCAAGGCCACCAGUGCGAUGGUUGCUUGACGGGCGGGAGAUAAGCUACGAGUUCAAAGAGGGGAACAAUGUCACCAUCCAUACAGAGUACUCGCAAGAGGACCAGAAAAUCACCAGCGAGCUUAACUUAGCUUCUGUGACGUGGCGAGAUGCCGGGAAAUAUACCUGCAUGCAACCAUCUUCAAAAUCGGACAGCGUGCAGCUUAUUGUUGUUGAAGGUGAACAUUCGGAGGCCAUGCAGAGGGACUCGCCAUUGCAUUCUAGUGGAGGACGAUUUAACCUUGCGUGGCUUUAUAUUUUAGUUAUCCUUAGUACAAACAUUUUAUAAUUGUCAACUUACCCGUGUAAAUAUCAUCAAUAUAUUUUAUUUUUUUAAGUAUUA